AUGCCUACUCAGGCUCCCAACAAGAAGUGCGGCGUCCUCGGCUGCACCGGCUCCGUGGGCCAGCGCUUCAUCCUCCUCCUCCAGCAGCACCCGACGCUGACGCUGCACGCCGUGGGCGCGUCGUCCCGCUCCGCCGGCAAGAAGUACAAGGACGCCGUGCGGUGGAAGCAGGCCUCGCCCAUCGGCGCGGUCGGUGACCUCGUCGUGCGGGAGUGCAAGGCCUCCGAGUUUGCCGACUGCGAUGUCGUCUUUUCCGGUCUCGACUCUGAUGUAGCCGGAGACAUUGAGCACGAAUUCGUCAACGCCAACAUCCCCGUCUUCUCCAACGCCAAAAACUACCGUCGCGACCCUCUCGUCCCGCUCGUCGUCCCGACCGUCAACCUCAAGCACCUGGACCUGAUCCCCCACCAGCGCAAGGUGCGCAACCUGGACAGGGGCUUCCUGGUGUGCAACUCCAACUGCGCCGUCAUUGGGCUCGUCAUCCCCUUCGCCGCCCUGCAGGCCGUCUUCGGCCCCAUCGACCGCGUCAGCAUCGUCACCAUGCAGGCCGUCUCCGGCGCCGGCUACCCGGGCGUCUCGUCCAUGGACGUCAUCGACAACGUCGUCCCCUUCAUCCCCGGCGAGGAGGACAAGCUCGAGUUCGAGGCCCGCAAGAUCCUCGGCACCCUGUCCGACGACGGCACCGCCUUCGUCGAGCAGCAGGGCCUCCGCGUAUCCGCCUCCUGCAACCGCGUCCCCGUCAUGGACGGCCACACCGCCUGCGUCAGCCUGUCCUUCGCCAACCGCCCCGCCCCCUCGGCCGAAGACGUCAAGGCGGCCCUCAGGGACUAUACCACCGAGGCCCAGGCCCUGGGCUGCGCUUCCGCCCCCGACCCCCCCAUCUUCGUCUUUGACGAGCAGGACCGUCCCCAGCCCCGUCUCGACCGCGACCUCGGCAGGGGCUACACCGUCAGCGUCGGCCGUGUCCGUGAGGAUGAGGCCGGUCUUUUUGAUAUCAAGUUUGUUGCUCUCAGCCACAACACCGUUAUCGGAGCCGCCGGCUCCUCGAUAUUGAACGCCGAGGCUGCCGUCCUCAAGGGAUACAUCUAA